UGGCCUCUCGCGCGCAGUCCGCGUUGGCAGCUGAAGCUAAUGGAGGCGCGAUGGCUCCGUUUCCCGACGAGGUGGAUGUUUUUACCGGGCCUCACUGGCGCAUGAAGCAGCUGGUGGGGCUCUACAGAGAGAAGCUGUCCAACACCAACUUCUCCAACAACAGGGACUUCCGCUCGUUUCUGCAGUCGCUCCUGGCCACGUUUGAGGAGUUCAAGAUGCACGAGCAGAUCGAGAACGAGUGCAUCAUGGAGCUGCUGCAGGAGCGCAGUCAGACCGUGUAUCACGUGCACGCCGACAACAAGCUCUCUGAGAUGCUGUCGCUCUUCCAGAAGGGGCUGCGCAGCGUCAAGAGCGAGUGCGAGCAGCUGAAUUACGCGCAGCAGCUGAAGGAGAGGCUGGAGGCCUUUACCCAGGACUUCCUUCCUCACAUGAAGGAGGAAGAGGAGGUGUAUCAGCCCAUGCUGAUGGAGUACUUCACGUACGAGGAGCUGAAGGCCAUCAAGCAGCAGGUGAUGCUGCAGCACUGCAGUAAUCUCUCGUGGAGCUCCGCCGCAGACCUGCUGAAGGACCUGAACCUCUGGAGCCACGCCGAGGAGCUGCACAAAGCCUUCAAAUACUCCGACCACGAGAAGACCGAGGACGGUGAUUAUUACUGUGGUCCUCCGGGCGAGUCGGACCAGGAGCCGGAUGAGGAUUGGGUGAAGAGUCUGCAGGACGAGGGACGAGCCUAUCAGGACUGGGAUGAGGACGCAGACGUGGAUGAAUCAGAGGAGGCGUCUGAGGAGUCUCCAGCCAUAAGUGCGGUUCAGAGAGAGAAGAGACUGCUCAAUGGGAUGAUCCAGAACCUGCUGCCCGCCGUCGGUCCGUCUGUGCGCUCGCUCAGUCUGGCCUACAGCUCAGCCGUCUCCAGCAAGAUGGUGCGACAGAUCCUCAGUUUGUGCCCAAACCUGACUCACCUGGAUCUCACGCUGACUGACAUCUCCGACUCUGCCUUUGACAGCUGGGCGGAGUUCGGGGCGUGUCGUACUCUAGAGCGGCUGGAUCUCUCGGGAUGCGACAAAAUCACGGACCGCACACUGAAGAUCCUGUCACUGGGAUUGGGUGACUUCACGACAUCCAGCCCGGAUCACAGAGCCAAGCUGCUGAAAGCCCCGCCCUCUCCCAUCAAUUUCCAGGACGAGUGUUCGCUCCCACCAAUGGGACGCAGCUGCCAGGAUCUCAUUUUCAAGUGGAGACCUGGUGGGCGUGGCUCCGGCUGUGGCACCGCCCACGUGUGGGUUCUUGACCCGUCCAAAUUUGCCGACAUCGAGGAUGUGGUCGACUGGCGCAAACGGGGGGGCGUGUCUGUGCAGGAAAAUGGGUGUGGUGGCAGCUCGUGCUGCUGUAGGAGGAGCCGGAGGCGGAGCUUCAGGACUGGUAUUAGCUCCUCCUACUGGCAGUACGGCUCUAUGGGCGACGCCCUCUGUGGUCACUCCACCUGCUGUACCUCCGACGUGGCGCUCUGGACUGUGAGAGACGCGCGCUGUGACCUCCAGGCCACAGGGGGCAGUGUUGAGUAUCGGACUAAAUGCUCGUUUGAGGGUGAAUCUUGCCCCGAGCUUCACAACAGGACUGACCAAUCAGGAGCCUAUCGGGCGCUCAGGUUCCUCAGCCUGUCCGGAUGCUAUCAGAUCACGGAUCUCGGCCUGAGGUGUCUGUCUCAGCGAGGAGGACUCCCUCUGCUGCUGCAUCUCAAUCUCUCCGGCUGUCUGCUCAUCACGGGGGCGGGGCUUCAGGAGCUGGUGUCCGUUUGCCCCUCCCUCAACAUCGAGCACUUUUACUACUGUGAUAACAUUAACGGUAACACAUAGACAGAACACAAUCGUGCAUACAAGAGUCCAGCCAUACAAUCUACAUGAAUAACGAAUGUCUUUCAAUUAUUUAUGAAACAAAAACGUACAACUUUCAUAACUCGCUCACGAACUAGUAUUCAUUCCGUUAACGAAAAAUGCAUUUUUCCCAUGACUAAG